AGCGUGUAGCCAUCGAGCAAGACGACGCAUUGUGGGCGAGGCACUUUAAACGUUCCAGCCUUUCAUCUCCUCGCAGAAAAACGUCUGGACAAUGCGAAACCGACAAGUUUUUGUGCUGAGUAACGCUUCGACUUGGUUCGGAAAAUGCUGACGCUAACACGUCGCUUUGCGGCGUAGUGCUGCGCUUGCGGAACGUUCUGCCGAUGGGAAAUACAAAAGGUUUUCAAAGGAGAAGACACCCCCAGCAGCUUGAGAAAAAUAAAGAACAGUAGUAGGGUUCAUCUACCGGAGCGUCUACUGGUCGACAUCUGAGGGCGUCACCUCCAACAUGGCUAUCGUCCUGCACUCCACGCCCCUCCUCUGGAUCCGCCUGGCGGCGCUGAUCUUCUCCUGCGUGGCCUUCUCCGUGGCGGUCCACGGCGGCCGGCUGUACCACGGCACGGGCGACUGGUGCAUCUUCUGCUGGGCCUUUAGCUUCGCCGGCACCGUGCUGGUGCUGCUGGUGGAGCUGUUCGGCCUGCAGACCCGAGCCCCCGUGUCCUGGAAGAACUUCCCCAUCACCUUCGCCUGCUACGCCGCCCUGUUGUGCCUGUCGGCCUCCAUCAUCUUCCCGCUCUACUACCUGAAGGGCUCCAUGGGGCAAAGCCAGGUGCGCGACUAUCGCAUCGUGUCCACCGUCUUCUCCUGCUUGGCCACCAUCGCCUACAUGACGGAGGUGAGCAUCAGUAAGGCGCGCCCGGGCGAGGUGGCGGGCUACAUGGCCACCGCCCCCGGCCUGCUCAAGGUGUGCGAGACCUUCGUGGCCUGCAUCAUCUUCGUCUUCAUCAGCGACCCCGUCCUGUACGACCGCCACGACGCCCUCAAGUACUGCAUGUCCGUCUACUGCAUCUGCUUCAUCCUGUCGGCCGCCGUCAUCCUGCUCUGCGUGGGCGAGUGCACCGGCUGCCUGCCCUUCCCCUUCGCCCGCUUCCUGUCCGCCUACGCCCUGCUCGCCGUGCUCCUCUACCUGUCGGCCACCAUCGUCUGGCCCAUCUUCAACUUUGACCCCAAGCACGGCGGGAACAAGCAGCGGCCGUCCAACUGCGGCAACACGCAGGGCCUGUGUGUGUGGGACAAGCUGAUGGCGGUGGCGGUGCUCACGGCCGUCAACUUGAUCCUCUACCUGGCCGACCUCAUCUACUCCGCCCGCCUCGUCUUUGUCAGCGCUUGAAGGAGGCGGCGCAGCGGUAGGCCUCCGACGAAAUGAAAUUUGGCAGGAUCGGCUCCACUUAAGACUGCAAAUAUCGCGAUACAGCGAUUACGUGAUAGUCAGCAUAUCCUACUGAGAGCCAGCGUCCUCUGCAGUGGACAUUUGUGUUUUGCGUAAGGAGUGUUAUUUGUGACCCUGACAAAAACAAGUAGACCAAAAACACUGCAGAUGAUGCUUUUUUUUGGGAGGAUAUUGGAAGAAAAAAACCAUCUGCGAUACAUAACAACACAUAUGUUGUGUAGAUACACUUUCUAAUAAUGUUGUAUAUCAGACACCGAUAUUAUUCUGCGAUACAUUACGAUACACAGUCGUCCCUCUAACACUGAUUUUUUUGGGGGGUCCAUUUUAGAAGCAUAGUUUGGCCUAAAUCAAGCAUUUUAAAGCAUCACAAAAACGAUAUCAAUACUACAGUAGUAUAUAUAUAUAUAUAUAUAUAUUAGGGGUGUGGGAAAAAAUGAUUCGAAUUCAAAUCGCGAUUCAGAAUCGAUUCUCAUUUUAAAAAAAUCGAUUUUUAAUUUUUUUAUUUAAAAAAAAGUUUUUUGUUUUUUUUUAAUUAAUCAAUCCAACAAAACAAUACACAGCAAUACCAUAACAGUGCAAUCCAAUUCCAAAAGCAAACCCGACCCAGCAACACUGCAAUAAACCGAGCAAUUGAGAGGAGACACAAACACCACACAGAACAAACCAAAAGUAGUGAAACAAAAAUGAAUAUUAUCAACAACAGUAUCAAUAUUAGUUACAAUUUCAACAUAGCAGUGAUUAAAAAUCCCUCAUUGACAUUAUCAUUAGACAAUUAUAAAAAAUAAAAAAGAACAAUAGUGUGACAGUGGCUUACACUUGCAUCGCAUCUCAUAAGCUUGACAACACACUGUGUCCAAUAUUCUCACAAAGAUAAAAUAAGUCACAUUUUGGUUCAUUUAAUAGUUAAACCAAAUUUACAUUAUUGCAAUCAGUUGAUAAAACAUCGUCCUUUACAAUUAUAGAAGCUUUUUACAAAAAUCUACUACUCUGCUUGCAUGUCAGCAGACUGGGGUAGAUCCUGCUGAAAUCUAUGUAUUGAAUGAAUAGAGAAUCCUUUUAAAUCGGGAAAAAAAUCGUUUUUGAAUCGAGAAUCGUGUUGAAUUGAAAAAAAUUUGAUUUUGAAUCGAAUCGUGACCCCAAGAAUCGAUAUUGAAUCGAAUCGUGGGACACCCAAAGAUUCACAGCCCUAAUAUAUAUAUAUAUAUAUAUAUAUAUAUAUAUAUAUAUAUAUAUAUAUAUAUAUAUAUAUAUAUAUAUAUAUAUAUAUAUAUAUAUAUAUAUAUAUAUAUAUAUAUAUAGUAUAUAAAGGUUCAUUUGAAAUAGGGACAGAUACAGAAACAUAGACAUCUGAAACAGUUAUCCAAUGUAUGCAUUAUAGUGUUUGUAGCCAAAGCUAAUUUACAACACUUGUCCCCAACAACAACAACAACACAGAUCCAACAUCAUUAAAAUAGGAAAAGAAAAAGAAUAAGACAAAGAUGAGUCGAUAAUAAUGAGAAUAGUAAUAAUACAGACAAAGUGCAAACUAGAUAAAAGCCAAUAAUAAUAAUAACAAAGACAAAGUGCAGACUAGAUCAAAACCAAUUAGUAAAAACUAAACAUGGGAACACGAUUGUUGCUCAACGAGCCACAAUUUUGUUUGUUUUUUGAAAGUGACAAGUGCAGGUAUUGGCCACUGGAUGAGACCAAACUAAUCCGAGCAUGCUGUUCAGUAUCGUGGCCACUGAUUGGCUCAGCCUUACAUUAAUAUAUUGGAUUAGAAUGGCGUGUUUUCAUGUCUAGAAGGCUCUCGCAAUGUUAAAAAUACCCUUAGAACGUCAUAAACAUGUUUUGAUGCUCUAGCUACGAACAUAUUCCAAUUUAUAAUGAUUACUUUGCGGACAUUAAUUGACCAUGUUCAUAAACAAGUCGCUAAACGAAGGAUUCACACUUAAUAUCAAUAAGAAAUUCAAUGAAGAUUUAGCUGCAUUCACAGGGGAAAGAGACAACGUCACCUUUCAAAAUAAAAGUACCGCUAAUGUGAUGCGCCUGCCUGCCAAAUUUGAUUUUAACGUGAUGCGUACUGUCUUGAUGAAAGGAGAUUGGUGCAUGUGUGUUUGGGGGGGGAGGUCAAUAGGGGGUCUUUGUGGCUAUGUUUACACGUACAGCAACGUCGGCCUUUGUGCGCUUACGACGGUAAAAACACGUUUCAUUCCUACUUCGGAGUCCAAAUGGAGAGAAGAAGUUCUUAUGCAGUGCGCUUCAUCGGCGGCAGAAAUAAAAGAAAUGCAUAAUUGUAGUCGGGCACAAUGACACUACUGGGACUCAUUUUCACGUUUGUAUUAACGGGCACGAGAGUGGACUUUUUGUUGAAACAAAGGUGCAGAACUAAUGAAGUGAAGUUUCAGGUUAAAUGUUAAAGAUCUUUUUAGGAUGAACAAUCAACAACAUAACAAAUUUAUAUAUGUGGAAUAUGUGGCUUGAAAACAUUUAAGGUACUGUAUAUUUACAGUAUGUUUCUUGAUAUAUACAUGUCUUUUACUUUCAUCGGGCUCCACUUGCUAAUAACGUAAACCGACACCAAUUCAUAAGCGCUUCCUCCUCCUCUUAGGCUGAUGUCAGUGUUGUACUUUUUCUUUUUAAAUAACUUUUGUAUUCCGCUGUUGAAGUGUUUCAAGUGUGCCAGUGUUAUGGGGAAAUUGUAACCUCGCAUUUCAAUAAAGACACGUAUUAAAUU